AUGACGGAAAAUGGAGAUGAAAAUGGUUCAGAAGAAGUUUGCUACACUAUCAUUAAUCAUAACUGCUAUCGAAGAUCCUCUCUGAGCUCCACUGAUGAUGGUUAUGAGAACAUUGAUUCCAACACGAAGAGAAUGAUACUAUUUAGAGAUGGGUCAGAAACAGAAUAUGCCCUUCUCAGGACAACUUGUGUUGUCAGACCUUCUUCCAGCACCCAUGAGCAUGAUUAUGAACUUGUGCUGCCUAACUAG